AUGAAGAUAGAGACAACUAGUUUAGUAUCAUUCAGUCCAAUGGGGUCGCUAAUGGCUCUGGGAACAAAAGCCAAAAUAUUGAACAGCGAUUUCUCGUCAAAUUCACUCUUGCAGGUGCGAAGCCUAGAUACCGACGAGGUUGUGUUCAGCAAGGUGGUUCCAACCAGAUUUAACAGGCUGAAGUGGGGCAUGUACGGGAACAAGAUGUUUUUGGCAGGAGGGCUUGACGCAGGAAAUGUCACCCUGUGGGACGCAACAGGCAUGCUGGACGAGGAGAGGCAGGACCCAAUCGAGCUCAUUUUCAAGAACCAUGUGAAAACAGACGACGACAUACUGGGAAUAGACUUUGCAGGUGCAAUGCCUGUGCUGACAACAGGAUCCUACUCCGGGAAAAUCAUGAUGUGGAACCUCAGGACACUGGACAAGCCGCUUUCUCCGGGCGUAAACACGAAGUUUGAGGGCAUUAGCUGCCUGCAGUGGAACCAGAACAUGACGCAGAUACUUGCAGUCGGGACCACAGACGGAAUGGUGAGCAUUCUGGACUUGCGAGGGAAGAGCGAAGUCACAAGAAUUGGCGACCCGUACUUCUCAAAGUCGGAAAUUACGUCUCUGGAGUGGGACCCAAACUCAAACAGCGCACAGCUCGCAGUCUCUUCGAGCCUUCAGAGCUCGGUGAUGCUGUACGACCUGCGCAUUUCGAGGGGAACCCCCAGGCUGGAGGGGCACACGGAGGGAGUUCUGAACUGCAAGUGGUCGAGGCAGGACCCUUCGCUCAUCAUCACGUGCGGAAGAGACAACUCUGUCAUUGCAUGGGAUGCGAACACGUACAAGAAAAGAGGCGUGGUUGUGGAGGAUUCUGUCUUUGACUUUGCGUUUAGCCCGGACAACCCCGACUUGAUUGCAUACUCCUCGUACAAUGGACACGUCGUUGUUGACACGCUUACGUCGCUGAAUGCACGCUCGCCUUUUUUGGGAAAGCUCCCAGAGUGGCAGAAGCAGGGCCCAGGCCUGUGCUUUACAAGCAGUGGGCUGCUGGUUUCCGAGGAAAAGGGGCCAAGGCUGAGAAAGUGGACAGAGGACGCGGACAAAACGCUGUACGAGUGGAAAGUGCUCGAUGCGUACGAGAAGGAGCACCCCAGGCGGGAAAUCCUCAAAAUUCUGAAGUCUGCAGACGAGAAGAGCCCCAUCCUGGAAAGCCCAGAGGGCGAGGAGGAGCCUGCAGAUAUCCAGAUAGACGAGAAGGACGCAAUCACAGAGAUGCUCAUCCGGGGAGACUUUUCGUCUGCGUUUUCUCUCGCGCUGAAGGAGAACGCCCACUUGGCAGCGCUUAUAGCCAUGUGCGACGGAGAGGGCGUUCUCAAGCGGGAGAAGGAGCGGAUACUCAAGGCCCCCGGGGCAACGUCAAGCUUCCUGCUGGUGCUCUCGAUUCUGUCGGGAGACUACAGUGGACUCAUCAAGAACAACGUAGACUGGAAGGUGAUUGUAAAGAUACUGGGAAGCCACUGCACAGACGAGGAGUUCAUCCCCAAGGUGCGGUCGGUGGCAGAGUGCCUCGAGAAAACAAACCCAGAGUCCGCCAAGAUCUGCUACUUGAUUGCGAAGGACGUGCAGAAGUACCAGGAAAUCGAGGAGAAGCAAACUGAGCUCCCCAAGACCAUUUACAGCUCAGUUGAGUUUAUGGACAGAUUCAAGAAGGUCUUCUCCAUCCUGGAAAGAGCAACUCUCCUCAUGAAAAAAACUAUUUCCAUAGACGUGCACACAAUCGAGUACUUGAAGAUACUCAUGCGGAAGGGCGAGAAGAAGAGAGUCCUUGCGUUUGUGAAGUCGCUCGACCAGAAGUCCGCCAGCGAGGUAGAGGCGGAGUUGAACCUCCCCAGCUCAACAAGCACCCACCAGAGCAUGAACAGAAUGAACAUCCACGGAAGGACACAGGGCCAGCCUCUUAGCGGAAGCAGCGAAAGGCCGCUAAUGCCGCAAAGUGCAUUCCCCCGCGGAGGAAUGGGCAUGCCAGGAGCAGGCAUAGAAAAGAGUGCGCCUGUGAAGGGCCCUGGAGCGGGAAUGGCCUUCAAUCCGGCUGCAGUAAGUGCUUCGCUCAACCCGCUUGCUGGGGUGGGAAUGGCGCAGCCGUCUUCGUACAGGCAAAAUGCAUCGAUGCUGGGCAAUCCGGCAAGGCCCCCGAUGGGGCAUCCUGGCGCAGCUGCAACCCCAAACGCCGUCUCAACAAUGGCCACGCCGAGCAUUGGGGGAAGAGCGGGGCCAAAAAUUUCGUAUGCAAAUCCUCAGAUGGGAACGCCUUUCAGCAGAAUGCCCGCACAGGCUGCAGAUGCAGGUAGGGGCAUGUACGUGCCCCCUUCAGGAGGCCAGGCGCCGUUUGCCCAGAGAAUGGAAAUGCCAGGGACAGGCCCGAGUUUGGGAAAUCCUUCCCCGUUCCCCUCCGGGCUUAGCUCGUCGGCAGGGCAGAGUACAAUGUCCACGCCCUUCCCCGGGGCGCCAAGAAGCGAAAAACCGCUGCAAAUGCCACAGAUUCCGAUGGGAAUGCCAGCAGCAAGGCCCCCCACGAUGGCAAGCAUGCAGUCGGGAGCACCCUCUGGGAUGAGCACCCCCGGAAUUUCUCACAUCUCAAGCCAGGGCAGUGCAGGAGCCAGCGUGUUUAGGCCUGGCGGAAUGCCGCUUUCUGGCUUGGGAGCAGGUGCAAGCACGGCAGCAGGAACGCCUUUGGGGGGAAUGCGGGCUGGCCCAAGCAUGCAGAACAGCACCCCUUUCCCAGGCCCGAUGGGAGCCCCCAGGAUGGGAACUCCUUUCUCGGGGAAUCCGGGAAUGCGCAUGAACGAGCACAGCGGGCACAUGGGCGGAGGAAUGCAUGCCCCGCAGAUGGCGCAGGAGGUGACGGUCACGCCGGAAAUGGCGAAGGUCUAUGCGGAUAUGUCUUCGGUGGUCUCCACGCUGCUGGAUAUAAUCAAUAAUAAGAAGGGCGCGCUGAAGGGGUGGCUUCUGAAGUCCAUCGACCCAAAGCUGGUCGUGCUGAGAAAGCACCUCUCAGAGAGAAAGUGGGCGCCGGAGUUUGUUUCUAGAAUGGGCACUUUUGUGCAGAAGGUGAAGGGCCUGGGGAUUGACGGCGGACAGGUGCCGCAUGUGGGGCCUGACCAGCUCAACGAGAUCCGAAGGGAGGGCGACCUUAUUGCAGCGUCAAGGCCGCAGGGCACGGAGAUUGAAAUAUGGAUGCCUGCGAUAUACAGUCUCCUGAAAGUGGCUUUGCACUGA